GUGCGAGUAUUGAAUUCAGCAGAAGGUAGAGCAGUACAAGAAGCACCUCCCUCAACUCCCGUGUCAGUGCUCGGCUGGAGAGAGCUGCCCUCUGCUGGGGACCAAGUUCUAGAAGUCAGCUCGGAGAAACGGGCCGGCGAGGUAAUGCGCUGGCGCCACUCGCAGCGUAUGAAGGAGAAGCAGGCAGCCGACGUGGAGGUCAUCGCGGCCAGGGAGGCGGCGCACCAGCGCGCCUACACGGCCCGCCUCGCUCACAAGCGCGCGCUCGGCCGGUACAAGCUGCGCGCCGAAGGCCCGCGACAGAAGAUGAUCCAGUACGACACGCACCCCACGCUCACUGUCAUUGUCAAAGGUGACGUGGAUGGUUCAGUGGAAGCUAUACUGGACAUUCUGGAGACUUAUGACGAACAUGACAGGGUGAAGCUCGACCUGGUACAUUUCGGAGUUGGACCCGUUACUCCUAAUGAUUUAGAGACAGCAGAAGUAUUCAAAGCUGUGAUAUAUGCAUUCAACGUAGACUGUCCACCGGCUCUUACAGUUGAGGCCAAGAAGAAAAAGAUUCCAAUCAAACUCCACAAUAUCAUAUACCGACUGGUAGACGAUGUCAAAGAAGAAAUCAGCGCUAGGAUACCUAAAAGACUAGAGGAGGAGUUUGUAGGUAAGAUUCAAUAGAAAUAUUAUUAGUUA